AUGGACGGCCUCGCGAUAUCCCCCUUCAUCGCCUCCCUCCCCAAAGUUGAGCUCCACGUCCACAUCGAAGGCACUCUCCUGCCCUCCCUCCGCUGGUCCCUCGCCCAAAAGAACAACAUUGCCCUCCCGUACCCAACCUACGAGGCCCUGCUCGCCUCAUACGCCGUCUCCCUAACCCACCGCCCCGAGCUCACAGGCCGCACGCCCGGCAUCCCGACCUUCCUCGAAGCCUUCGCCGCAGGCUGCGCCGUCCUCGUGACGGAAGACGACUUCUACGCCCUGGCCAUGUCAUACCUCGCCCGCUGCGCCGCCAUGAACGUCCGCUACGCCGAGCCCUUCUUCGACACCCAGGGCCACGCCGUCCGCGGCGUCGCCCCGGAGACGGUCCUGAACGGCUACCUGCGCGCCCAGCGCGACGGCGCCGCGAGGUACGGCGUCCGCUCCAGCUGGAUCUACUGCUUCAUCCGCGACCGGCCCGUCGACGAGGGGCUGGCCGCCUACGAGGCCGCGCGCCCGUGGGCCGCGGGCGCGGUCGAGGGGGGCAGGGGUCUGUUCCACGCCGUCGGGCUCGCGAGCAACGCCUAUGAGCGGCCGCCGCUGUUGUUCGAGGAGGGCUUUCGCCGUGCCAGGGCGGAUGGGCUGCGUGUGACGAUGCAUUGCGAUUUCGGGCAGAAGGACACCCACGCGCAUGUUUCCGAGGCGAUAUUCGACGUGUGUGGUGGCCGGGGCGCGGAGCGGAUCGAUCAUGGACUCGAUGCUGCUGACGACGAGAGAUUGAUGGCCGGUCUUGUAGAGAGGGAUAUCGGGCUGACGCUGUGUCCGCAUGCCUACCACCGGCGAACGGCGACAGAGGUGUUGUUCCCGAAAAUACGAAAGCUCGUGUACGGCGGUGUCAAGGUUUGCAUCAACAGUGAUGACCCUGUGUACAUGCACGAUGUAUGGGUCGAUGGGAACAUGCAAAAGGUGUAUACAUAUUGUGGCAUGAGCAAGGCGCAGUGGUUCAGCUGGCGAGAAACGGCGUGGACUUGGCUUGGACGAGUGCUGAGAUUAAACAAGCGCUGUAUAAGGAACUAG